AUGAAGUUCUAAAUUAUUCAAAAAGGGGCUCUAUUGGCGGCGUAAAUGCUCAAAAUGACGCCCUAAACGAAAUUUUUAGCCUACGCGAGAAUGAACAUCUGGCUGCCAGUGGAAAGAAUUGGCUUGUUUUGACAAAAGGAGACGAUAUUGAAUACGAAAAUGCAGCAAAAAAUAUAACAUUGAGAGUAGACAGUGACAUCAUGGUAGCGAAGGUUUUCAAAAGUGCAGUAGAGAUUUAUGAAAUUUACUCGACUGGUCAGCACAAGCAAAGUCGAAUUUUGGGCUCAUGGAAUGCAGAUUCAGUCAAUAGACUCAACCUUUAUGGAUUCAAUAGGCCUAAAUUAAUCAGACGACGAAACUUGAUGGGAAUGAAAAUCAAAGUGUCUUCAGUUUACCUUAAUCCGCAAUACACGAUUCUCGGAAAUGACGCGAACAACAAAUCCAUUUUUGUUGGAGGCUACGCUGGGAAAAUUAUGAAUAAUUUCAAAGAUAUUCUGAAUUUAACCUUUGACAUUAAACCUCUCCAUGGGUACUCUUACGGAUUGUAUGAACCAUCGAAUGACAGUUGGUCUGGACUGAUGGGCGACUUGCAACGAGGAGAGGCUGAUGCAGGAGGAUGCGAAAUUUCAAGUGCAGCUAACAGAUUGAAAUAUGUUGAUUUCACGCAGCCUAUACAAAUUAUAGGGCGGCAGCUGCAUUACAGAAAGCCGGAUAGGCAGUUCAACUGGGACACAUUCUUGAGACCGUUUUCAUCAAAUAUCUGGAUAGCAUUGAGUCUCACUUUACCACUUGCUGCUGCAAUCAAGUUUUCGCUUUACAAAUUAUCCUUAUCCUUUGAUGCGGAUAAAGAAGGAAAGACGAACUUCGGAGCUGACUUUUUUGGAGCUUAUUCAGCUCUUGUUUUGCAAGGCUGGUCUGGCUACUUUGGAGCACCGUCGAGACGAUUUUUCAUAUGGACGGUAUUUGCCUGCUACAUGAUAAUAUCUCUAGCAUAUUCAGCAAAGAUGGUAGCGAUGAGAACAAACGAAAAACCAGAACUGCCGAUUAACAGUUUGGAUGAUAUUUUGAACAAAGGAGAUUGGGAUUUUGGAUUCAUUGCGAAAGCUCUGGAGCGAGACAUGUUUCAAUUUGCAUCUCCCAACAGUCUGCUGGGGAAAAUUUGGAAGAAAAAAAUUGAAGCGAAAAAGAAGCAAACCCUUGUAAACGACAUUCAGAGCGGACUGUCUCGUGCUUUCAACGCAAAGUACGUCUUCAUGUGUUUCCAACUUCCAGCACGAAAAAUAUUGCACAAUCAAUUUGGAUUGGAAAAAGCAUGUGAAAUUCACGUAUUAAAGGAGGUUUUCUUCAAACAUGGAUUAUCGAUCGGUCUUAAGAAAAACUCGGAACUAAGAGAAAUGUUUAACCACAGGUUAAUGAUACUCUUAGAAUCUGGGUUGUUGGACAUUGAACUGCAGCACUCCAUGACUAAGGAGGCAGUUUGCGAAAUUGAAGCUUUUACAAAAAUUAAUAUUUUGGACGUGGCACCGGCUUUGAUACUUUUAGGGUUUGGCAUGGCAGUGGCACUAUUUGUUCUGGCUUUAGAGUGCGCUUGGAUUUGGCGAAAGAAUCGACUAUCAGACAUUGAAAACCAAAGAGUUCUCAACAUACUCUCAAAUUUUGAAUCUAAAAAGGAGCUGAUAUUUUUAACUAAUCAUCACAAUCAUCGAACUAUAGGCAGAAAUGAAAAUCCCCUGGUCUACCCAUAGUAAAUGUUUUGAGAAAUGACAAAUAUAACUUCUUAGAAAAUAAAAAGAAUUAUAUUUACUGUGUGUACAAACUGGCUGCAAAAACAAUAUCCCUCUUGAUGGAAUUAGCAGCUUCAGUCAUCUUCUCAUGCAAUUGUGUGUCUCCAAUCAUGCGGGCAGCAUCCUGCGCAUCCCUCAAUGUUUCGCACAACUGCUGAAUGCACCUGGUAAUGAUGCCUUCUUGAUGGGUGGUCAGUUUGAUGAUCUCAGAAAACGGCUUUAAAAAAUUCCAAA